UCUGAUUAACUAACUAGCGCUUGUGCCUGUUGCUGACCGGCGUCGGAUUUCGCGGCGACCGAAUGCGCCGCGAAGGGGCCCUAGCCCUGGAGUUUUCUCGGGUCUAUUAAUAUUGUCAAUCAUGCUGACUUCCUGUUCGUCCUCCCCGCGACCCACUGAAGAGAGCAAGACGCCGGCACGGAGAUGCUCCUAUCCUCUUCCACGGCUGUUGUUAAACUCUCCGCCCUAACCCCGCAAUUGCUUGCGCUAUUUGAACUGGCCAGCUCUGUUGGUUGGGACCAGACGAGAACAGAGAAAAAUGGCAGACAGGAACAGAGAGAGUGAAGGCUUUCCCUUCUUUCCAUACUCGUUUGGACCUUCGAGAAGCGCUCCGUCCUAGCAGGCGUCCAGUGAAGCCAUGUCUAUCCUCAUCACCGGUGCGAAUGGUUACGUCGGGCAGGAAUUGACCUCUGCUCUCCUCCACGCUACCCCUCCAGAGACUAUCAUCACAAUUACUGAUGUCGUUGCGCCUCAGAUACCUGCGUCGGCGGCCCAGCAUGCCUACCGCUUGAGGAGCGUCCAAGCGGACCUUACAUCGACGCAGGUCGUCGAUACGAUCAUCAAGGAUUCCAACCCGUAUAGUACGGUUUACCUGCUUCAUGGGAUCAUGUCCAGCGGCGCGGAGGCCAACUUCGAGUUGGGACUGCAUGUGAAUCUGGAUGCGACACGAUAUAUGCUGGAUCGUCUGCGUGCCACCAUGCCCGGUGUCAAGGUCAUAUUUACCUCAUCCCUAGCCGUCUACGGUCCGACCCCGAAAGGAUACGUGAUCGACGAGACCAACCUCCCACCCAUGCCCUCCUCUUCCUACGGUUCACAGAAACUUAUCGUCGAAAUCCUCCUCAACGACUACUCCAGGAAGGGAUACCUGGAUGGACGCGCUGUGAGACUGCCCACAGUCACUGUCCGAGCAGGACGGCCGACACAGGCCGCGAGUAGCUUCGCGAGCGACAUCAUUCGAGAGCCAUUCAACGGACAGAAAGCAAUACUUCCCGUCAGCAAGGAGACCGAGUUGUGGAUUUGCUCGCCAUACACGGUGGUCAGGAAUCUUGUGCACGCCAAGGAUAUACCCAAGGAGGCAUUUGGAGAGUCUCGAUCAGUGAAUCUGCCUGGACUGAAAGUGACUGUCCAAGAAAUGCUGGACGCCUUGGAGGAAAUUGGUGGUAAGGAGAGACGUGCCCUGGUGGAAGAGAGGUACGACGCCGACAUCGACAAGAUCGUGCAGUCAUGGUCUCCAAAUUUCAACACCACUCGCGCAAAGCAGCUGGGAUUCGUCGACGAUGUUCCGUUCAGGGAGAACCUCAGGCAGUAUGCUAGUCGAUUUGUGCAAUAAAUAGCGAUACCCUUGGUGUGUAUGGUAUAAUGGAUCGGGAAAUACACCUCUGGAACUGGUGUGGAUGGGAUAUAAGAGAUUAUCUGAAUCUGAGACUCUUACUUAGUGAACUU